GCGAAAUAGCAUAUUGAACGGGACUUGUAUGUUAGCAAUGGACCUCCGAAGAGAUGUGGAUGACCCGUUUGCGCUUGCCGUUGACAAGCUCUGGGAACCUUCCUAUUUUCAUCUCCACGAGCUGCAACCGCUAGACUCUCUGCCUUGGGAUGAUGACCUUCCAGAACUUGCCCAGGGCGUUUUUCAGGGUCCCUUAGACCUCUUUACGAAACGCGAUUCCAACAUAUAUGAAUUGAAUCUAUUUGGUACAGACGCGCUCGAAUCGACUGACCCAGAUACCCCUUUAUCCCUCAGUACGAGUCAAACUGAUGUGGACCCCAAUGAAACAAAGGAUGAAACGGAUGAAACGGAUGAAAUAACGGACAUAUGGGCAUCGGAUGCAAAUUUAAACCUAAUUACUAUAGGGAGAUCAUUGAGGUCGUGGGAUACAUUUCCACACCAUCCCGUUCACUGGGCCAGCCCUCUUUACCUAAGUGAAGCUGGUCCACGCGGAUUUGAUGCUGCAUUAGGUUAUCAGGCAACGAAAUCGGGUCUUGAGGAUUCGGGCCGAGUAGCGCUAACAGAUAUUUUCGUUGCGUCGCUAUUUCGACUAGGCCUCGGGUGGAAUUCAAUUUUUUUCCGAUUCAACGAACAGAACCGAGUGUUCGAAAAGCAUAUCAAGGAUGCCCGCAUAUCCGGAAUCAGCCUGACUGCAGUGGAUGGCUUGAUUGAGGAAUUUUUACAAUGUGGAACACAGGUGCGAAAGGUAAGAAGAUUCAUUCUUGCAACGCCUACUCAAACGGAUCUGCCGACCCCGUUAUCUAGCCUGGCUUGCGCUGCGUCGGUCCUACUACAUAGUUUUGAGGAGCAUGUCUACGAGCGUUUCAAGACGGAUUUGCCGUUGCUGAAAACUCAGAUGUUGUUCAGACGCCCUGCCUGUCUCCUCAAGGUCCUCGUCGACAUAAUAGAAAAUGCAGAAAAUGCGACAACGGAUGGUGCUGUUAUAUCCUCAGUCUUUACAAAAUGCGAUUAUUAUUCCCAUGAAUUUGUCUGGCUAUCUAGCGUGCUUCGUGAACUGAUGGCCAUGGUGGCUGAAUCGUGGCUUUCCUCGGUUGAGUCCUGGAUCGGACUUAGGCCUGAACCUCAAACCUUGCUAGAAGUCAAUCGAAAUAGGAAGGGUUUCAUAAAUACCGACGAAGUUCACGGUCAAAAUUGCGGAAGGAUCGAAGCUAGGCUGGUUGACUACAGUUUUCGUCCAGAAGCUAUGCCUAUCUUCGUUCCCGCAGGCUAUGCGGAAACGAUAUUCGAAAGCGGCAAAAGUUUAAGGCUACUCAAAGAAUUCCAUCCUAAUCAUCCACUUUCUAUAAAAAGUGGUACGAGUCGGUCAAUGAAUUUAGCCCUGGAGUGUGCUUUUACCUGGAAGGAUAUUGACAAAAUCCAACAAAAAGCCAACAAUUAUGAGGCGCAACUUCGAGCUGAGAUACUUCGCUACGACGAAGUACGACUCCAAAAAUGUAGUACGUUAACAUCUGAGGACAAGAACGCUGAUACCCCAGUUCAUGAAGACCAUGACCCAAUCGACGGCGUUUUUUCACUUUUCGACCUUGACGGCAAGAAUGAUGAUAUCAAAUUAUUAGCAAGUCAUUCUUCAAUCUCUUCCGAUAGACUACACGUCCUCCUCACCGAGAGCAACUGUUUCAACACGGACGAGGUUCCGGGAAACAGGUCUCUUUUCGGCCCACCUUUGGAUGCGUCUGUUUACCUCUCAUUUGCCCCGGUUAUUUCGGCCCAAACAAGAUUAAUUAACUUCUCCUGCCUCCACCUUCUUUUCAAAGGCCAUAAAAUCAAAGAGCACCUGCAGUUACAAUGGCGGUUUCAAUUAUUAGGCGAUGGUAUCUUUUCAUCACGUUUGUCUCAUGUUCUAUUUGACCCUGAAAUGCACAGCGGAGAACGGAAAGCUGGUGUUGCCCGUGGGGGAAGUUCUACUGGCCUUCGUCUGGGCAAUCGUGAUACCUGGCCACCAGCAAGCUCUGAGCUUCGCCUGGUGCUAAUGGGGUUGCUCUCUGAGAGUUAUCACGGAGACAAAAAUUACAUUGGGCAAAACACCGGAAAUCAAGUCAGGAAUAAAGAGCUGCCUGGCGGCCUCAGCUUUGCAAUCCGUGAGCUAACAGGCGAAGAACUUGUAAAAUGUAAAAAUCCCAACUCCAUUGAGGCUCUAGAUUUCCUCCGUCUUCAAUACCACCCGCCUUCAGUCCUUGAAGCCAUAAUCACUCCCAGAAGUUUACGCAGAUACGAUACCAUCUUCAAGCGACUUCUGAGGCAGAUACGAAUGCUUUCAGUCGCACGUGGCCUUAUCCGUGACUCCACAGAUCGAUCGAAUACCGCAGACAUGAGCCGAACAAUCACCCAGAAAUUCCGCAUCGAAGCGCACCAUUUCGUGCAAACCGUGAGCGACUAUUCCUUCCACAUUGCAGUUGGAGAGACAUGGAGCAAGUUCGAGAGAAUCCUUGUCAAAAUCGAGAAGUGCAUUGAUAAGGGAGAUAUCGAUGGUACCAUUGACAAUGCCAAAAGCCUACACCGUCUCCGAGAGUAUCAUGAAGAUGUCCUAGAUCAGAUCCUAUUCGCUUUAUUCGUGAGCAAGAAACACGUACAGGCUAGAAAGUUAAUAGACGACAUCUUCGGCACUAUUCUCACCUUCUCCUCUAUAUCUAAAGCGGCCUCCACAGGCACGUGGGUGCAGCAGGAUGGGAAGCCCUCUUAUGAUCGGAUUGUUCGUCAGCUUUUCUCCGUGUUUAGGAAACAGGUUUCAGGUUUUGUAAGGUUUUUAAGGGCACUGGAUGGUGCCAAGGCGAUGAGGUCGAAAGGGAAACCUCAGGAUCUUGCCGCGUGGGGGAUCGAUGAUCGCGCAGGUGUUGACACAGAUAGUAUCUUUGAACACCUCCUUUUACGACUGGAUAUGAAUGGAUUUUAUUAGUCCAUAUACUGUAUGUGAAAUAUGAAUUGAUGAUAUCCCCCGUACUCCUGAGCAUCAAAUCUAGAUAAUUUUAGAAAACAGUUAAGUUAUCCAAUAAUGUUUUAUUCUGCCUUCUUCUCAACCCUAGCCUACACGUGUCAUCAAUCGAAGCAAGGGGAGCAAUAUGUACUGUACAUACAUACAUGCACGAGAAGUCCCUCGCAAGCUCAUGAAUAUAGAGCAUGUACAUGUACAAAGAGGUAACCAGCCAGAAUCCUA